AUGGGUAAUAAUCAUUCAUCUCGAAGCAUGAAAUCAAAAAGUCGAAAAUAUAAGCAACAUUUAUCGGUAGAAACGGAACAAUGUCAGGAAUCGAGAAACUUGGAAUUUCACUUACCAAAGAAUGAUCAAGACAUCGAUAGGAUGCAAUUACAGCACUUCCUAUUUGAACACAUUUGGCAAAGCAAUUAUUCCUCUCCAAUCGAACAUAAAUUGAAAUCGGGCGACUUUAAAGUUUUGGAUGCUGGAUGCGGACCGGGAACAUGGCUUCUCGAAAUGUCCACAUUACAUCCUUCAGUAAAAUUCUUUGGUGUCGAUAUCGUCACAGUCUUUCCAUCAGAAAUAAAACCAACGAAUUUGGAUUUCCAAAAAUGCGAUAUAAAUCAAGGUUUACCUUUUAAAGACGAUUAUUUUGACUUUGUUAGGAUGAGUUUGAUUGCUACUUCCCUCAAGGAAGAUCAAUGGAAUGACGUCGUAAGGGAGUUAGUUAGAGUAUUAAAACCUAAUGGUUAUUUGGAAAUCGUGGAAAAAGAUUUAAAAGCAUAUAACCAAGGCCCAUACUUUAAAUUUUUAACUGAUAAACUCCUUGGAUUCAUAGAAUCAACCGGCGUAAACGUACACAUAACGGAACAAAUUCCCACCAUACUUUCCUCAAUCCCGUCAUUAACCGAAAUCCAGUCGGAUGUUCGAGACAUUCCAGUUGGCCAACUCGGUGGCAAAUUUGGUACCAUAUAUGAAGAAUUAUUAGAAAUGUACAUCAAAAAUAAUUUCAUAGAUAUUUUACCAGAUUAUAUUGGCAUUAAUGCGGAUCAAUAUUUGGAUCUAUGGAAAUAUUGUCAAUUGGAAUUUACCAAAUUUGAAACCAACUAUAAAUUAUUUAGAUUUUGGGCUCAAAAAAUUGUAGAUAACGAGGAACAAGUUAACGAGGAAGUUGACAACGAGAUAUAG